AUGGCAAGCUCCACUCCAUCUGCAGCCAUCGAAAAAUCACGACAGUCGAAUUCAUCAAAAAUGGAAUACCAACGCCUUGGCAACAGCGGCCUCAAGGUCUCUCGAAUCAUCCUCGGCUGCAUGACAUACGGCAACCCAAGCUGGGAAGGCUCACCAUGGGUCCUAAGCGAAGAUGAAUCCCUACCACUCAUCAAAAAGGCUUACGAUGUUGGAAUCAACACCUUCGACACAGCCAACACAUACUCGAACGGAGUUUCUGAAACGAUUCUCGGAAAGGCGCUAGCCAAGUAUUCAAUUCCACGAAGCCGGGUAGUUAUAAUGACGAAGCUCUACUAUCCCGUUCUCGAAGAUGAUCUGGACGCACGACCAAGUCCGGCAGUUAAUGAUGGGCGUCUCGUUAAUCAAAUGGGAUUGAGUCGGAAGCAUAUAUUCGACGCCGUUGAGGGAUCGCUGCGCCGUUUAAACACGGAUCAUAUCGAUGUACUUCAGAUCCAUCGGUUGGAUUCUGACACGUCUCCUGAAGAGAUCAUGCGAGCUCUCCAUGAUUUGGUUCAGAUGGGGAAAGUGCGGUAUCUGGGUGCUUCGAGUAUGCACUGUUGGGAGUUUGCGCGUUUACAGUACACCGCGAAAAUGAAUCGGUGGACACCGUUUGUUAGUAUGCAGGGAUUGUACAAUUUGCUUUACCGGGAGGAGGAAAGGGAGAUGAAUCCCUUCUGUGCGGCUGAAGGUGUUGGGUUGAUUCCGUGGAGCCCUUUGGCGAGAGGAUUGCUGGCUAGGCCUUGGAAGGAGAAGUCAAGUCGAGCAGAGCAAGAUCAGAAGACUAAGAAAUGGUUUGUGGGGGAUCAGAAUGAGGAGAUCGUCACGAGAGUUGAGGAGCUGGCCAGGAGGAAGGGCUGUGAGAUGGGCGCUGUUGCAAUGGCCUGGCUGUUGAGCAAGGGCGCAUGUCCAAUUGUUGGGUUGAAUAGUGAAGCUAGGAUCGAGCAGGCCCUGGAGGCGUUUGAUGUAGUUUUGUCGAAGGAGGAAGUGGAGAUGUUGGAGGAUCCAUAUCGACCACUUGCUGUUCAAGCUAUCUAG